AUGAGAACUCCUGGGCUGGGAAAGACUUCAGAUCAGUGGCGGCAGGAGAUCCAGGAAGAAAGAAGCAAAGCCGAUCGGUGGGAAAGAAAGGCUCAAGAGACGCAAGCACAGAAGGAGGGUUUAGAACGACAGAUGUUAGAAACUCAGAACCAUCAAGCAGAAUUGAAAGCUAGAAUAGUGGAGCUCGAGAGAUCACCCACUCGGUAUAGAGGUCGUAAUACUAUGAUAGAAUUAAAAGCAGGCCUGUGCAAGAUUGAAGAAAUGAAAAAGAUGAUAGAGGAAUUGGAGAAUACGUUACAAAGCUGCGAGCAAAGGAUCAAAGUCUUGGAAAGAAAUGAAGAGCAUUGGAAAGAACAACUUCAUCAUUCACAAAAUCAAGUCCAGAAUAGAGAUUACAUUAUGGGCGAGGCCGUAUCUCAGAUUCGGGAGGUAGCUGAUCAUCUGCAAACAAUGGCGACUCAGGCUGACGUUUUAAGUGUAAAGUAUGAACUGGAGUCGGAUUGGGGUCAGGAGUUAGCUUUGUUAUUGAAAGAAGUUAAAGCUAUAGGCAUUAGGGCAAAGCCAUAUUUGUAA